CUUCCAUCCCUAGAGCACUGAAUUUUCCCACUCAAAAUAAAAACAAAGAUUAAAAUUCUUAUUUAUUUUCUAAGCAAUAAUACUUAUUCUUGCUGCUAAUAUGAAGUGUACCGCGUGUCAAGGCAAAAGUGACGCAACAAUAAAAUGCUUUUUGAAAGCUAUGGAUACCAUUAAAGAACACUUUUUAAUGAUGCAGGGUCUGUGUGCAGAAAAGGAAACAAGUAUUAGUCAAUUAAACAAGCGUAACGAAAAGCUCCAUACCGCGCUUGAUAUGCUGCGACAGGGACAGGAGCAACGCCUCAAGUCGAGCCCCAAACGUCGUAGAUUGUCGCCCAAAAAACCUCAAAUUAAACAUAGCAACACGCAACAGGCGCAAACGUCUCCAUUGAUACCUGAGAGUCAGAGCUCACUUAAUAUGAAUAUAGCUCUUUGUUCGGAUGAUGACGAAGAAGAAAUUAUUACAGAAACGGAGCCACCUAUCAGUCCUUACAAACCCUGGAAGACGCGUCGCAAGUCAAACACACGAAAUUGCGAAAAUGAACAACCGACUAGCACAACAGCAACAACAACAACUACUACAACUGCAGCAACAACAGAUGCCAACAGCCCCUGGAUGGGCAAAGUACCCAAAGACCGACUGCCAAUGGGUAAGACGAAAAUGUCGCUCACAAUACGCAGCGAUUCACCAAGAUUAAAGCAAACUCGCUUGCAAUUCGAUGCUCCCAAGAGCAAUAAUAUAUCCUGCGAUAAAGAUAUUAUUGACUCCAGUCCGAAUUUAUAUUCUUCGCUAAAACAUGCUAAGCAAUCACGUUCCCUUUUACAGAGAGUCGACAACAACAGCGUCUCAGAUAUCAAACCUAUCGCCGACAUCGCAAAGACACCAAUAAGCAAUAAGACUCCCGUGUUUGAAAUGGAUGACGAUGAUUCAUUCUUUGAUCUAUGUCCAGACCCGUCAGCAUCUCAGCCAGCUUCAGGACUUGCUCUACCGUCUUUGAGCGGCACUUCAGAUACGUCAAGCGUAGUGCUGCUCACACCUGCCACACAGGAUAUUGUGUUCAUUGAUGAUAGCAUUACUGAAAAUACCUCUCUGAAUACUAUGGCUUUUAUGGAAGAGGUCAUAAAAGAGGAUGACAAAGUUUCGCUGACAAAACUACAGGAUUUCGAAGCGGAGCUAAUUCGAAAGCGUCAAUCAGAGGCAGCCAAAGUAAAACCAAAUACUGAUGCUGUUAGGGUGAAACAUGAGCCGCUAACAGAGCUGCCAACUCCUUUUGGUAAUGAAUCAACCAAGUUGCCAGCUGACUUUGAAAUGGACGAUGACCAGGAAGAUGCAGACGAGGAGGAGGAAAUAUUUCCUCGUCCCAUUGUAGUCAAACAAGAACCCGAAUUAAGUUUAAAGCAACGCUACAAUAUUACUUGCCCACAGUGCGAAAAGUUUAUCACAUUUAUGGGCACGAACUUGAAUGACGAAAAGAUACAAAUGUAUCUAAAUAAUUGCAGACACGAACGGGAAUUCGAAAACAACACACCACCCGGCUUUUGGAACCCGCACAUGGUUUCGUUUACGGCUGAAGAUCCACGCAGCAAAGUUCAUGUUGAUCGUCGCUUUGUCGAAGGACGAAAGAAAUAAGACUUAUAGAUGGAUUUU